CCUCAAGAUCCUGCAUAUUUUGGACAGGAUUCACUUUUGGUUAAGUCCUCAAGGCACUAUUUAAAAAUCCGCUACACUUUAUUACCUUUCCUCUACACUUUGUUUUAUAGAGCCCACACAUAUGGAGAAACUGUAGCAAGGCCAUUUCUUCAUGAGUUUUAUAACGAUACAAACAGCUGGAUUGAGGACACUCAGUUUCUAUGGGGCCCAGCAUUACUUAUUACCCCUGUUUUGAAACAGGGAGCAGAGUCAGUGAGUGCAUAUAUUCCUGAUGCUACAUGGUAUGAUUAUGAAACUGGUGCAAAAAGGUCAUGGAGAAAACAACGUGUCAAUAUGAAUCUUCCAGCAGAUAAAAUAGGACUACAUCUGAGAGGAGGUUACAUUCUCCCCACUCAACAACCUGAAGUAACAACCGCAGCAAGCCGUAAGAAUCCUCUAGGACUUAUCGUUGCACUAGAUGAACAUAAUACAGCAAAAGGAGAUUUUUUCUGGGAUGAUGGAGAAUCAAAAGAUACCGUACUAAAUGACACAUAUAUUUUAUAUACAUUUUCAGUUCAAUCCGAGAACACUUUAGAAAUUACAUGCACACAUUCAUCAUAUGAGGAGGGAACAUUUUUAGCAUUUGAAACGAUAAAAGUCCUUGGGGUGACAGAAACUAUUACAGGAGUCACAGUAGAGGAAAAUGAUCACUUAAUACAUGUUCACCAUAAUUACAGUUAUGAUCCUUCUGACCAGGUCCUUCUAAUUACAGAUCUCAACUUGAAUCUUGGAAAAAGCUUUCGAGUGAAAUGGACACAAUCUUUUGUAGAAAGUGAGAGAUUUGGUUGUUAUCCAGAUAAAGACACUGUAAAUGAAGACGAUUGCAAGAAGCGUGGUUGUUUGUGGGAAACGGAUUCUUCAGGCACCAAUGCACCUGAGUGUUACUUUGCUAGAGAACACAACCCUUAUUCACUUUCGUCAACUCAGUAUUUAUCAACGGGCAUAAUCGCUGACCUCCAGUUUAACGAUGCAAUUGAAAAUACACAACUGCCAUCUUACCCCAUCUCGAGGCUUCGUAUAGAGGUGAAAUACCACAAAAAUGACAUGGUGCAGUUUAAGAUUUAUGAUGCUGAAAAUAAGAGAUAUGAAGUUCCUGUACCAUUAAACAUUCCAACCACUCCAGAGAGUACGUAUGAAAACAGACUUUAUGAUGUUGAAAUCAAGGAAAACCCUUUUGGCAUACAGAUUAGACGGAGAAGCAGCGGAAGAGUUAUUUGGGAUUCUCGCCUGCCUGGAUUUGCCUUUAAUGACCAGUUCAUUCAAAUAUCUACUCGUCUGCCAUCAGAAUACUUGUAUGGUUUUGGGGAAGUGGAACACACAGCAUUCAAGCGAGAUCUGAACUGGCACACCUGGGGCAUGUUCACAAGAGACCAGCCUCCUGGGUAUAAACUGAAUUCCUAUGGAUUCCAUCCAUAUUAUAUGGCUCUUGAAGAAGAAGGCUAUGCUCAUAGUGUUCUCUUACUGAACAGCAAUGCAAUGGAUGUUACAUUCCAGCCCACUCCUGCUUUAACUUACCGUACCAUUGGAGGAAUUUUGGAUUUUUAUAUGUUUUUGGGCCCAACUCCAGAAGUCGCAACACAGCAGUACCAUGAAGUAAUCGGUCCACCAGUCAUGCCACCUUAUUGGGCUUUAGGAUUCCAAUUGAGUCGUUAUGGAUACAGAAAUACUUCAGAGAUAAAGCAACUGUACGAGGAGAUGUUGGCUGCUGAGAUUCCCUACGAUGUUCAAUACACAGACAUUGAUUACAUGGAAAGACAACUUGACUUCACAAUUGGUGAAAGGUUCCAUGAUCUUCCUCAGCUUGUUGACAGAAUAAGAGAAGAAGGACUGAGAUACAUUAUUAUCUUGGAUCCAGCAAUUUCAGGAAAUGAAACAGAGCCUUACCCUGCAUUUGAAAGAGGAAUAGAGAAAGAUGUUUUUGUCAAAUGGCCUGGCACCGAUGAUAUUUGUUGGGCAAAGGUUUGGCCAGAUUUACCCAAUGUAACAAUAGAUGAGACUAUUACUGAAGAUGAAGCUGUUAAUGCAUCCAGAGCUCAUGUAGCAUUUCCAGAUUUCUUCAGGAAUUCCACAGCACAGUGGUGGGCGAGGGAAAUUAUAGAUUUCUACAAUGACCAAAUGAAAUUUGAUGGUUUAUGGAUUGAUAUGAAUGAGCCAUCCAGUUUUGUAAAUGGAACAACCACCAACCAAUGCCGAAAUGAUACCCUAAAUUAUCCACCGUAUUUUCCAGAACUUACAAAAAGAUUUGAAGGAUUGCACUUCAGAACCAUGUGCAUGGAAACUGAGCAGAUACUUAGUGAUGGGUCAUCAGUCUUACAUUACGAUGUUCACAAUCUAUACGGAUGGUCACAGUUAAAGCCUACCUAUGAUGCAAUUCAGAAGACAACUGGCAAAAGAGGGAUUGUUAUUUCUCGUUCCACAUAUCCUACUGCUGGCCGAUGGGGGGGACACUGGCUUGGAGACAACUAUGCAAAUUGGGACAAUAUGGACAAGUCUAUCAUUGGUAUGAUGGAAUUUAGUCUCUUUGGAAUAUCAUAUACUGGGGCGGACAUCUGUGGUUUCUUCAACAAUUCAGAAUAUUAUCUCUGUGCCCGCUGGAUGCAACUUGGAGCAUUUUAUCCAUUUUCAAGAAAUCACAACAUUGCAUUCAUGAGAAGACAAGAUCCUGUUUCCUGGAAUGAAACUUUUGCUAAAAUGUCAAAGACUAUUCUGGAGAUUAGAUAUACCUUACUGCCUUAUUUCUAUACUCAAAUGCAUGAAAUUCAUGCUCAUGGCGGCACUGUUAUCAGACCCCUUUUGCAUGAGUAA